AUGGCCUUUGCCGUGUUCAUCGCCACGCUGUUCUUGGCCUUUGUUGUGCUCAUCGCCACGCUAUGCCUGGCCUUUGCGGUGGUGAACGCAUUUGUGACGCUGCUGUCGAUGCUACUGCUAUCGCACAUGGUGCCUGCCACCAUCGCCAGCAGCGCCUUCUCCUUCUUCCUCCUCUUCACCGCAUUCUUCUUCUCCGAGUCAACCUCCUCCCCUCACCACCUCUUGACUCAUCGUCUCCCUCCUAGCCGUCUCUCUCUUGCACUCUCACUGCUGCCCUCCCUCUGCUGCCCUCGCACUACUACCCUCUCAUCGCUGCCUGCUCACUGCCUAUUUUUUACAUCCACUUCCCUGGGCGGCCAUCCCAGGGUACUGGCUGUGGCUCUACUACCUCAGUCUUAUGCGCUACCCCAUGCACUUCUCCUCAACUACCCCCGAACAUGCUUUCAUCCCCGCCCUUCCCCCCCCAGGUCAGCCAUACCAGCGUACUGGCUGUGGCUGUACUACCUGAGUCUCAUGCGCUAUCCCAUGGCGGUGAUAAUGUGGGCCGAGUUCCACCACGGCCUCGGCCCCACCUGCUUCUUCACCUUCUCCUCCGCCGCCGGCGUCGGGUACACCGCAUCCGCCACCAACGCCACCAGGACGUGA